AUGAGCUGCUAGACUGUAUACUACAGCUCGCAAUGUGACCUGAGAAGACCGACACGCUGGAUCUAUUUAUGGAUGACCUGGUAAUACCAUAACAUGUGCAGCGCGGAUGUGAGCACUAGAAAUAGAUGUUUAUUACUCAGGUAAGCAGAUAUAACCAUCGAGAACGUCUGUGGGACAGUCGCCAUGGAUGACCUCUUAGAAGAACGAUUCUGUUCCAUUGACACAGAAAUAUCAAAUCAAAAUGAAUACUUGCACAGGCAGUUCGAAAAACAGAAACAACACAAUGAAGAGAUUCGACAGGCAGUGUAUGAAAUUGCAGAAAAAAUAGACACAAAAGACGUGAUGAUACACCUUAUAGAUGAUGUUACAGAUGACAUAAGAGGUACCAAAAGAAUCGAUGAUAAACUCACAUUUGGAGAGAACAACCAAACGCGACCAGACGUAACCAAUUCCAAAUAUCAGGAGACACAUGAGUCCCAAGUAACAAAUAACAACAAGGAUGGAAUACAAAUUCAGGACAUGCAAAACACAGGUGAAUCGUUACAAACUGUUGUGGAGAGUCGAGCAUGUGGGCAAAGAGACCCAAAACAUAACAUAAAUACCGUGAAAGUUAAGCCAAAUGAAGGAAAUGAAUCAUCAAAUCAACACUGGACACAGAUGACGAUGGAACCGUCGGAAUUUGAUAAUGUUCUUAACUGGAAAGGACAGAGUAACCAGGAGAAACAGACCUUUCAUGAACACCAACGAACUGUUGCAGAUGUUGGUAAGAAGGCAAGGGAAGUAACAUGUAGCAAUGAUAAAGUAAAACCUGCAGUUAGCAUCAUCAAAACUGGGAGAGACAAGAAAUACAAAUCCGUGGGCUGGAAAAAUCCAGCAGCUGUUAGACCCGCUACAACCUCCGUGAAUACGUUUAGCUUCUGGACUGAAGACAAGGGAGAUACCCCAUCACCCGGUUGCUAUGGCGUUGAGUACCUAGGAAACUGUAACCCAUUAUUGUGUUCCUCUGAUUCGGUUUCAGAAACAGUCUUCUCUGACAAUGAUAGUGGAUAUGAAUUUGACAUUGAUAUGCAUCAGUCAUACCCAGGUGGUGUCGGAAGUGCUAACCUUGAAUGUUCAUUUACCAUCACUCGUGUAAUAUGUCCUAUUCACGGACACAUAAUCAAUGUACGAAAAACACUUUAUACACUGGAGAGUCCUAAUGGGCAGCAGAAGAAGUGGACAAGGGUUGAUAAGUACAGGCCAUGGGGAAAACCACCAGACAUGAUGAGCAGAUUGCCCUAUCCAGUCGUGCCUACACGGUUGACGAGUGUAGGAGGGAAGCGUCCUUCUACUCGAAGCCCCAAGGAACUUAAAGGAAUAAUAAUGAGAUCACAUCUUGACGUAUUUAAAGACAAACCUAAUGGUCAGAUCGCGGGACCUGCAAUGCAUACAUUGUAUCAGCUGAAGGAGAUUCUCGGUGAGAAUGAGGAUUUAUGGGAGCCAGUUGAAGAAGCACUAAAGGAAGAAAAGGAACCGCCCCCAAGAGUUGAUAUGGGAGCAGAUACAAUUUUAUGUCUUGACAACUCUGGUACCAUGCCAAGAAAGUCCUACCUUCAGCUUAAAGAGAUGGCUAUAGACUUUAUCAAUGGUAUCGAGGAUGUGGCCGAAAUGCAUGCCCUUGAAGAAAACAUUGGAGUGGUUUCUCUUGGAUCUCAAGCAACAGUGCUUCAUCAUUUAUCAAAUGACUUUGGAUCUCUAAGGGAAGCUGUUGAUAAGGUAGAAUGCGGGGGUGUUUCGUCUGAACAAUGUCUCCAACUGCAGAGUUUACUGGUGUGUCUUGCUGCUUUGACAAAAGGUGGAGUAUGUAUCAUCGGUGGAAGAACAACGGUGCCCCCUAGGCUAAUAUUUGUGACAGACGGAAUGACAAUUGGAAAGGUUGAUCAACUGAAAAAGACGAAUGAUGCAGAACUAUUUUUCACUGCACUGGAACACAUGGGUAGCGCGUUUGUGAGGAACAACGUAGUUGGCCCAAUUCAGGUUGUUCCAUAUGGCGAAGGAAAAAAGGACUUUUUAAGCCGUUAUGUGAGCAAGUGCCAAGGACAAGUGUUGGCUAGUAUAAGGGAAGCUUGCAACCAUCAAUUGGUUCAGAAAGUCAGCGCUCAGAUCCUUGAUUUCAUGAUAAAAGAAAAAACAACAAAGCAAGCUGACGCAACAGAUGUGGAUACAGUUGUUUCAGCAAUUUGCUCCGAAUUCAGUUCACGAGAAAAGAAACAGAUUUUCCACAUUGUCAGGGACAGAUUAACGGAGAUGAAGGGACGGUUAGGACUUACAGACGUGUUUGACAAUAUCUCCAUCGAGGCAGACCUUCCUGACCUGGGGACGAGAGUGGUUCGAGGACCUGAUUGGCGGUGGGACGACCAAGACGAUGGGGGUGCUGGGACAAUUAUCAAUCACGGAGAAGAUGGAGAAUCUCUGUGGGUGUCUUGGGACAAUGGCUUCAAAAACGUGUACAGAUACGGUGUCACCGGCAACUAUGAUGUCCUCAUCGCUGACGACCAGCCUCGCGUGAUGAAAGAGAGGGGUUCCAUAGACAUCGGGAUGCAGGUGGAACGAGGACCAGAUUGGCAAGAAAGAUCAGAAACAAAUGCCACCACUGGAUGCUAUGGAACAGUCAUACGGAAAAGAAAUGGUCGAGUCAUGGUUGUAUGGAAGGAUUCGUCGAUGCAUGAAUACAGGUUCGGUGAAGGGGGACAGUAUGAAGUAUCCAUUCGUGAGCCAUUGAAUUGUCCUCUUGGUCAAAUGGCGCAUAUGGACAAUGUCGAUGAACAUUGCCCGCAAGGAACACACGGGUCAGUUUGCAAUCUUGAAAAAGAAGUAUCCGGUUCAUACGUGUGGCAAUGGCGUGGCAAAGAUAACAAAUGGCGGUUAUAUUCCGAGGGGAACAACAGGAAAUUGAAAGCAUCUUACAAGAAAAGGCCUGGUGGAUCAUGUCUCAUACAAAGAGAUGGGAGGAGUUUCAGAGUAUUGUUCAAACCACUUGUCGAAAAGUCGAUUGGUGAUGGUUCAACUACAGAUGUCAGAAAGCAUGAUGGUACGUUUAUGAAGCAUACAAGUCAACAUGAAAGGGAGCGGACCAGUAUAGUAUAGACAAUAUCCACGAAUCAUUAGUCAUUGAGAUUUAUGACAGAGCAUAUUGUCAUGUUGACAUUGUUUGUCAAGGUUGGGUUUUGGAACUCUAAUAAGAAUGUAAGUGUCAUAUUGAUUUAAUUGUCACAUUGAUUGAUUGAGACAAUUGCUAGUAAUUAAUGACACGUAAUGUUAUUUCCAAUGGGAAUCAUUGGCACUGUAUUAGGACUUGUAUUGAUUGUAUGUUAUUGACGAAUAACGUCACAGUAAAGUGUGAUUCAUUACGAACUGUGAUUAGUGAUGUGUACAUUUUAGGAGUGUAAGUGCAUAAUAAUUCAACAUCUAUCGACUGUAUAUCGAAAAUCGCUGAUGUUGUUUUUGUCUAGUUUAUGCUCUGCACAUUCAUUAUGUAAUUGUCUUCAUCUAUAUUAAACAUGUUUGUAUAAAAGUAUUAAUUGGUAUUGACGGACAUUGUAUGUAGGACUAGAUAUACAGCUAAGUGUUAUUGUGUAUCGACUGAAUAUAACUGUUCAUGUGGAAAUAUGCGCGUGUGUGUAUCUGUAUCAAAAUGUGUGCUUGGGAAAUGACAGUUUGUUAAUGCUUAGUUAUAAUAGCACUGUAUAUUUUACUUGUGUAUAUUUGUAUUAAGACGAAGGAAGGAAUGGUGUAUGGAUAUCAUUCUAUUAAUGCAGGGGUGUGUCAGUGUUUAAAGUGUGUGGGUUUGAUACAUAUUUAUGUCGUGUUGGAACGAAUGUGCUUGCUUGUGUGGGUUAAGGGUUUGGGGUCGAUAUAUACAGACCUUUUAAAGUUGUAAUUUUAUAAUGCUGUAAUUGUAAGACGCUGUAAAUAAAGUGAUGAGAAUCACAUGAGAAAUAUU